AUGGCUUCUCUUCAAGCUUCAUGCACUGUUCUCUCCACCAAUCCCCGCUCCCAUUCCUCCUCCUCAACUCAGCCGCUCUCCGCCAAGCCAUCACAUCUGUUCACCCACUCGAGGCGGAGUCACCGCUUUCAAGUGUCAUGCGAUGCCAAGAAAAGUGUCGAAACUUUCCAAGGGAAGGUCGAUAGGAGAAAUAUGCCUCUUGGGCUGGGGGGAAUGUAUGGUGCAGCCAACCUUGUGGCAAAUCCUUCGGCUUAUGCCGACCCGGUACAAGCUCCCGACUUCACCAAGUGCGGCGAAGCCCAUGACGUUCAGACUAACGCUGCUCUAAAUGUUAAAUGUUGCCCCCCGCUUGCCGACAAGAUCAUCGAUUACAAGCUUCCACCGUUUCAGGUGAUGCGCAUUAGGCCGGCUGCUCAUAGGGCCAGCAAAGAACAAGUGACCAAGUACGAAGAAGCCAUUAGGCGCAUGAGGCAGCUUGAUACAACCGAUCCGCAAGAUCCACGUGGCUUCAUGCAGCAAGCCAAUAUUCAUUGUGCCUAUUGCAAUGGAGCCCAUGACCAAGUCGGGUUCAACAAUCUUGACCUUCAAGUUCACAACUCUUGGCUUUUCUUUCCUUUCCACAGGUGGUACCUGUAUUUCUAUGAAAGAAUAUUGGGCAAACUGAUUAAUGACCCAACUUUUGCUCUCCCAUUCUGGAACUGGGACAAUCCUAAGGGCAUGACAUUGCCUCCCAUUUUCGAUAAAACCGACUCACCUCUAUACGAUGAAAAGCGGGAUCCAAACAAUAGGGGCUCCGCCAUUGUCGAUCUUACAUUCUCCGGCAGCACAGACAAUCUACAGUUGGUGGCCAACAACCUCUCUUCGAUAUACAGUGAAAUGGUUCGCAGCGUCAGCACCACAAAUGAUUUCAUGGGAAAACCUUACUGUGCUGGAACCAACCCAAGUCCAGGACCUGGCUCAUCAGAAAAUGGUUCUCACACUGGCGUACACUGGUGGGUUGGAACCAAGGAUAAAUCGGGAACUAAUUAA